AUGGAAUUAAAACGUAUUGGAAUUAUGACAAAAAGCAAUGUAAAAAAACCUUUAAGGUGGGAUUCAAGAAUAGGAUUAUUACGUCAAAUAAUAGAUGGUCUUGAUAAUUUACAUCGAAAAAAUUUAGUUCAUGGUAAUUUACAUAGUGGAAAUAUUUUAAUGGAAAAUUGUGAAUCAAUUUCAGCAAGGAUAGCGGAUUUUGGAUUAAAUGGUUAUAUAAAAGAUGAUAACGCUUUGGGAAAAUUUAAGACAAUUAAUGAUGAAAAAGAAAUUAUACAUCCACAAACCUGUUAUUAUAGUAGAAAUAUUUAUACUCUUUAUGGAUUACAAGAUUCACUAAAAAAACUUAGAAGAACCUAG